UUUCCGCUUGAUACUCAAUCAAGACACACUUUCGUUCACUAUAAAGUCCUCAAAAACGUCUCAGCUUUCUAAAUGGCCAAGAAAACUUUGUUGCUUCUUGCACUGGUUCUGAUGAACAACGUAAUGUUCUUUGCGCAAAGUAAAACUAUGUCUUCGGUCAAGAAAUCAUAUCUGCCAUGCCCUACCGGUUGGACCACCUACGCAGGAUCUCCAUCUUGCUACAAGAAGCCACAAUUAGCCAACAGCUGGUACACAGCCCGUAAGGCAUGUCUGGCCGAUGGUGGCGACCUUGUAACGAUUUCUUCAGAACAAGAGAACAACUUUGUGGCAUUGCUCUCCCAAACGUAUUUUCCGACUAUUCAUAACACAUUGAUUGGGAUGAUUGCUGAGGAAUUGACAGGCAAAAAGCAAGGGAAAUUCCACUGGGUUGACGGUAGGCCGAUUGGUCAGUACGUUAACUGGAUCGCCGGUGAACCAAAUAAUCAGAAUAAUGCAGAAUAUUGUGGUGCUAUUUAUGUAGCAGAUAAGCGUCCAGGACUGAAAUGGAAUGAUACCCCGUGUGUGGGCACAAAAUCACCUUAUGUAUGCGAAAGAGAGAGAGCCAAGCGCGUUAUUGCGGAUUAAUUUUGUCUGAAUGAGUGUCUUCAUACCCAAAAAUGCUGGAAAAAACUGGAGGUAUCUGUUGUAGUUAAACCGAAAAGGUGUAAAAUCUUUCCCGGAAGAUAGUUGUGAAAUUUUAUUUGAAGGAAAUUAGAUUAAAACGUUUUUAGCUUAA